AUAAAGACAUGACAAUCUGUCUGCACAUACAUACAUAAAAUAGAAGGAUUAAUAACUGAUGCAUUGUUUCACUCAUUCAUACAAUGUUCAAUAGGUUCAACGCAUUAAUAGUCCACUGCUACCUUCAAUUCAUUUAAUUAAAAAAUUUAUCACACAAAAAUAAAUGGAAAAUUAAAAUGGAUUCACUAUUAAUCAAUAUCAUCUUUAUCAUUGAUGCUAUUAAUUCAUCUCGGCUAGUAUAUUAAUACCAAUGCAAAAUCGAUGUUUCUAUUUUAUUUAAAAUAUGGGUGUGAAUAAUAUUAAUGCAUCUGAGUCAAGGUUAUACAAAAGCUUGAAGGUUCAGUUGUUUCGUUAAAUCAAUGAGUGUACAGAUCAAACAUCUAUCUCGAUGAAAUUUUCAAGUAUUUUUUAAUGAACUUUUAUUACCUAAAUUUGUAGAAAAAAAAUUAAAAUGAACGAUUAUGAAAAUGAUGGACGAGAUUAUGGGGAAAUUAUAGAUGAAGGUCCAACAAAUGUAGAAACUGAAGGUUUUUUUUCUUCAUCAAAGCCAGAUUCAAAAAAGCAAGAUUCUAACAAACAGGAGCAAAAGAAAAAAGAAUCUAAGAAGCAACAGCCGGAAAAAUCUUCAACACUUUCAAGUUCAGGAAGAUGUACAUGUAAACCUGCUUCAGAACCAAAACAACGACGGCGGAAUAAAAAGAUGAAAAAAGAAAAGGAAUUGAAAGUAUCAACAGGAGGAGGAAAAAGAGGAAGAAAGAAGAAAGAACGACGUCUGACCAAUCCUUUUAUCAUAUUUUAUCUGGAAAUGUAUUCUAAAAAUCGAACGUUAUGUGUUGCUGAAGUGGCUCAAAAAGCAGGAAAAAUCUGGAAGAAUAUGUCAGCUAAAGAGAAAGAAGAAUAUGUCAACAAAGCAAGGAGGAGUCAAAGCACAAGAAUGUUGGCGAAAAAUAAAAAAAAGGGAAAAAAGACGGAGUAAAAAUAAUGGAGCAUCUCUUGAAUAUAAAUAUUUCAUUCAUGAAUUUAUUGGAUAACGUAUAUCAUUAGCAAAACAGGGUGCUGGUCUAGAUAUUGAUGUAGGUAAAUUGGCUAUGCAUGUUCUAUAACUCAUUGAAUAGUAAAAUGAAAGUUAUAAAUUGGUAGGAUUAUUCUUCUUAUUUAUUAUUUAUCAUCAUAGAAACUAGUAUAAAGAAUUCUAAUAAAUAAUUUCAUAGACAAAUAGACAAAAUUAAAUAUUGAAAAUAGACUGCAAAGGUAGUGUUGAUGAAGUUGAACGUAAUUGACGCGAUCAAUUUAUUCUGUAUUGAAUUUAACAAACUGGAUUGUCUACUUUUUUGUUAAUUUUAUAUUUUAUUAUGAUAAAUUGAAUAGAAGCUCAUAGGAUCAGGUUUUCAUAGUUCAAAUUUAAAUCACAUUUCAAAAGUAAUCAUUGAAGUAUUUGUUGAAGCUUCAGAUGGAAUGUUUUCUGUGUUGAAGCACAGUAUUGGAUUAAAGUCAAAUCACAAAGCCAAUGUAAAAAUAUACUGAAUAAUAAACUUUCCUCUUUAAUUUGCUUUUUUAUUCAUUGCUUUAUGAGUUAUUGACUUGUAGAAAUCGAAUUUUUAUCUUUGAAUAGUCAUAACUCUUUGAAAAAACAGUUCAGUAACUUUCGAAGCACAUCAAUAGAAAAGUUAAAGCGUGUGUACGUGCUUGAAUAUUUUAUGUGAGUUUUUUUCAUAUCUAAAACGAGAGUUUCCAUCGAGAUCCAAUAAAAGAGUGUAAUAAGAUUUGUUUAUGAAUAAAUUAAAAAGCAUUUUACAUAACCGAAAUUUAAUUUUUAAUUGGUAAACAUAUUAGAUUCGAUUGUAAUUUAAAAUUUUAAAAAUUUGUAUCAAUUGUAAAAAUAGUAAUUACUUAUAUUGUUAAGAAGAUAAUGAAUCAAGCUAAAGAAGCUCUGUAGUAACUAGUGUGUUACACUUUAUAGCCCUUUUAAUGCUAUUUACGAUCCUACAUACGCAAGAUAAGUGAGUCCAUAAACAGACACAACAAGUAAAGAGUAGAAAAAUGUUACAACUACCAAUUCUUUAACAUCCAAAUUACUCCAAUUAUUUUUUAUCAU